AUGGUCAAACAAAUCGGGGCUAGAGAGGCAAGCCGCGAGUCCCUUCCUCCUCUGCGCGUAAGCCAAUUCCACACGACAUCCAGUGCCGUAGAAAGGCUUAGCUAUCGGGGAGGAUUGCACGAUUGGUCCAAUUUCUGUUGGGAUGUGAGAAACACGACCGAUAUCCAGAACUGGAGCAACGCGGCCAUCAAAUACUCCUUGGCCUCACGCAAUCUCGAAGAAAACGAAGUGUUUGUUGGAGAUGAGAGUGGAGUGCAAGGACGUUUUCAACAAGCCAUUGGCCAAAUACUCGGAAUGGUCUUCCGCGCACAGACACUCGAUAUACGGUUUGCCGAUUUCAAGUGUCUAGUGCCUUGGGUGGAUGACCACAGUAUCCAACACUCCCGGGAUGCAGGCCAACCCUUUGACCUUGGAUCUCACCUUCGAAUGUUGUUGGCCCAGCCUGUGCAAUAUAUGAAGGAUUUGAAAUGCAAGUACGGUUUCCUCUCCACUUAUGAGGAAACAAUAUUCCUUCGACAACGCCAUGACAGUGCGAGAUGGGUCAUCGAUUGCUCGCCAGUGAUCUUUGCGUCCGAUGCCUAUACCGAAUGGAACCCAGUCAACACGUCAUCAACUGUGUCCCUAAGGGAAUGUUUCUUCCAUAUCGCUACUCUGGCAUUACCAGAGGGAGAGAUCAACAACCAACAGCCGCGCUCAGAAUGGGUCGACAGUUUGCAACAGGAGGAUGAUGGCAAUUGA